CGUGUACAAUAGGGCACGACAAUUUGGGUGGAGUUAAAGCGUUUGGUGACUCAGAUCAAAAAGAAGUAUCAGGGUAUCAAGGAAGUAGACAAAUUAUAACAUAUUCGACCAAAUAUUCAGAAUGAAAACAACUGCCUAGAAAAUGGAUGCUGCAGGAAGAAGAGAUCCUUAUAGAAGAAGGGAACAAAUUCCUCUCACAACCAUAAACCCUGGCUAUGAAGAAGCAGGACCGUCAGAUCUCCCUCCGCCCAUUCCUUCAAAGUCAGGUGGGAGGAGUUACUACCCGGAGGAUGGGCCAGUCAUUCCCCUAGAUAGGCGGGACCUGUCGGAUGAUGGAGCACAGGGGCAUCACUGGGCAAAGGAGGAGACACCAAGGGAUACAGCAAUAUUAUUGGAUGCCUUGCCAAGCAAACAACUUGAGAAACUUGCCAGUGAAAUAGCCCAUGGUAACACCAUUAAACAUCGAGGGUCAAAGCGUAAGUCUCACCAUGGGACUCUUCACAUUCCUGCUGGGCGGGAUGUGUCUGAGGAGCUGCUACGACAGUACCAGGAUGACCCUGACGGGUCGGGGCUGGAUGAUGAUGAAAUCAAGGCCAUGACCUUGAGACUAUCUGCUAAGAGGAAAAUUAGGAGUGAAAUGAGUCUUAAGCGUAAACCAAAGGGAGUGUCAAGAUGGAAGCAGCUUAAAUACAACUGCAGCAUUAGUUGGAAGCACUUCAAGUACAAUAUGGCAGAGUUUGGCUACUUCCUGAAGCUCUGGCGGGGCCAUCUCAAGAAGAUAGAGGGCCAUUUUGGAACAUCCGUGCUCUCAUACUUCCUCUUCUUAAAGUGGUUGUUCUACAUCAACAUCCCAGUAUUUGUGCUGACGUUUGGGUUUGUCAUCUUGCCUCAGAUUCUGUACAGACACAAGGUACAGGACCCCCCAGGAUACACACAAAAUGUCACCUUUACCGGCCAGGAACUACUCACAGGAUCGAACUGGUUUAACUACACUGAGCUGUAUUACGGGUACUACACAAACCAGACGUUCAGCUUGGCAGGUGACUCACGAUACAACAUGAAGUAUGCCUACCUGUUCACCUGCGCUGGGUACUACCUCCUCUGUCUCUUCAUACUGGCAUUCAGUAUAUCAAAAUCUUACAAGAAAAACUACAUAGAAGGGAGUGGAGCCUUUGACUUCUACUAUGUUAGCCGUGUGUUUUGUGGAUGGGACUAUGGUAUAACAGCAAAAGACUCGGCCACAUUGAAACACAAGGGUGUUUAUAAUGAACUCAAGGAGUACCUAUCUGGUGUUAAACUGGAUGAGGAUGAAGAAUUACUGGGAACGCGGUGUAAAUGGUUCUUUAUCCGUCUCACUACCAACUUCCUUGUCCUUGCCAUGAUUGGUGGAGCUGCCUACCUCAUUUUCUACAUCUCUGUUGAACAGUCCAUCGCUGUCGACAUCCCUAUCCUGAGUGAGAUGGCCAUGCCCCUGUGUGUGUCCGGGGUGAACCUCAUCCUACCCUUUGUGUUCUCCCUCAUAGCAAGACUAGAGAUGUACAAGAAACCCAAGAAUGAACUCUACAUCAACAUGGGCAGGACCAUGUUGUUGAAGGCUGUAACUCUUGGUGUGCUUGUCUACUUCUGGUUUGAGAGGCUUGACAAUAUUGAAUGUCGAGAGACGUUCAUAGGCCAGCAGAUAUACAAACUGGUGAUUGUGGAUUUCAUCUUCAUACUCCUCACCACAUUCUUCGAGUUUCUGAGAAGCUUGAUAAUGGAGAGGUUGUGCAAGCAGUUCUGCUGUAAGUCCCUGGGCGACCCAGAGUUUGAGAUUGGCAGGAACACCCUCAACCUCAUCUACUCCCAAGCUCUAUGCUGGCUGGGGACCUACUUCGCACCGAUGUUGUCACUCAUCAUGAUCAUCAAACUUUUCAUCAUCUUCUAUGUAAAAAGAGUGAGUGUGAUCCAGAAUUGUAAGCCAUCCCUGCGCCCAUGGCGAGCGUCCCGGGCUCACACAAUAUUUAUGGCAUUCCUGUUCCUCUUCUUCUUGCUUACCCUCGGGGCCGUCGCCUACGCCAUCAUCUUCCUGAAGCCUAGUGAUGGCUGUGGUCCAUUCAAGCACCACGCUACGAGUUACGAAAUCGUGGUGAUACUGAUUGACAGCUGGAAGAAGGACUAUCCGGUGCUUGUCGACAUCAUCAACUUCAUCUCAUCUUCAGGCUUUAUUGCUGCACUCCUCAGCUUUCUGCUGGUAAUGACCUACUACACAAGGAUUGUGAUGGUUGGUCAUAAAGAAAUGGUGGAUCUGCUACGGCAACAACUUGCAUCGGAAGGGCGUGACAAGGCGUACCUUCUGAACAUGCUGCAGCACGCCAACAAGAAAUCUACUCCUGGGCGGGCCACAGGAAAUGGGCGCUUUCUAUCCACGGGCUCAGAGGCAUCAGGCACGCUCAACUCCAUCUCACCAGGUGGCCGUCAGUUUGCAAAGCAACUGGUGCAUACAGCAGAACGCCUGAACACAGAGAGCACUUCCUCGUUACCACAGCAACGGAAGAACCGGAGUGGCGGAAUUGGAGCAGCAUCACCAUGAGAAUGAGGCUCGGUUGCCCUUCUGCCCUUAAAUGUGUUUUAAGAGUUUGAACUCUGACCAAAGAACUCGACAAUGCUGUAGCAUGAUAGAAUAAUCAAACGGCAUAGCUUUGAACAAUUGAGUUACUACAGAUAUAUUUUAAUGUAGAAGUUAUCAAAGAUCUAGUAUGAUUAUUGUAGAAUUUAUAUUCCUCUAGCUAUGAAUAUGUGGACAACUUUGUACCUGUACAAACUUGGGUAGUUAGGCAACACUAGGUUGUAAUUUUAGCAACUAAACAAUUUUCAUGAUGAAAAUUGUUUUAAAAGGUUGUUAGCUAUACUGGUAUAUAUACUGGUAUAUAUUCUAUGAAUUAACAGACUAAAUAAUUUUGUAAGCAUAAUAAUAUAAUCAUCAUCAAAGCUCAUCAUAAAUCAUCAUAAUCAUCCUCAAAGUUGUUGUUGCUGUCAUCAUUAUCGUUGUUACAUUGUCUUUCAACAAAGAAUCACUAUCCAAAGCACAAUCCAAUUUUUAAUUUUCUGUUUUUCCAAGGGAAUAUAUCGAAUAUUGUCAUAGCUUUCCUUUUGUUGGCAUUGGCGUAAUUGGGCAAAGCUUUCCUUUUGUUGGCAUUGGCGUAAUUGGGCAAAGCUUUCCUUUUGUUGGCAUUGGCGUAAUUGGGCAAACACUUUGACUUUGGCCAAUACUGAAAAGCUAUUUAAAGAAAACUUUACAGAUAUGCAUUUUGUAUAAGUGUAUUAAGACGCAUAACUCUCUCACUUUGUACAUGUGUAUCAAGACCCAUAACUCUCUCAUGAAUAGUUGGUGAGUAAUGCCCCUUGAUAGUUUUCAAAACUGUAACUUGGCCAUAAUUUGAUAAUCCUUUAAAACACUCUCAAUCAAUUUUGUACACAUGUUGAUAGUGACAAUAUGCACAUGUGUAUCCAGGUCUACAACUCUGGCUUUAUUUCUUGCAAGUUAUGCCCUUUGAUACUUUGAAAAGGUCAUGCAAAAACUUGAACAAGGCAGAAUGUUAAUUAUCAUUCAAGAUAUUCUCAUGAAACAUUGUAUACAUGUUAAAUAGUGACAAUAUUUAUGUGUAAUAAGACCCAUAACUCUCAGCAUUAAUAAUGUUCAAGGAAUGCCCUUAAAAGUUGGAAAAAGUCCUGUAAAUCUUUUACUUGGCUAUAACUUAAAAUUUGUUUAAGAUCACCAUGAAACUUAGUACAAAUUUUACCAGUGACAAUAUAUCAGAAGGCCCAUAACUCUGAAUUGAGUAAUUAUGGACCUAUUUCCACAAUUCUACUGAAAACAUUGACAACUGUUGGCGUUUACUCUGCAGCUCCCUUGUCUGAAUUAAUACUACUGAAAUCAUGUCACAUUAUUUCAAAACUUGAUUUCUUUUGUCAUUAUGUGGUAAUAUUUGAUCAAAUAAAAUGGAGAUAAAUUUGACAAAUGAGGAAAAUCUUCUGUAAUUAUUGAUUGUAUAUUUAGAACAUAUCUUAACAUUUAUCUACCUAUAUCUCUUGACAACUGUUGUUCAGAGUCUGUCUCAUUUCCUUGCAAAUUCUUUAAUAAUUUUGUUUAAAAUGUUUACAGGCAUUCAAAAAAUGGAUUGGAUGCAAGUUUCAAUUUUAAGAGCAAACUAAAAGGUCCAUGUUACAUUUAUUAUUUAUUAUUAAACUGGUUGUAUCAAUGACCUUCUCUUUAUCAUUUUCUGCUCCAAUUAGUGUUUACAUAUAUAAGUGGAACAAUAUAGUCAAACAAGGCUUUACUGACAAAACAAAAUUGCUUGCAAUUCCAAACAAAACAAUGCUUUAAGGAAAAGUUCACUGAUUUUUAGCAGCCUGCACAUAACUAAAUGUCAAGGUCACAAGUCACACUAAAGCAUGUUUCGGAUCCAGCAAUAUAGCUGUUUGCAAGUGCCUUGUUUUCAUUAAACACUGUAUGGCACCCAUUGCAAUGACUUGAUUCUGAGCAUCAAAGGACCAUGUUAUGAAAUUUAGACACAAAUAUCAAUUAAAGGUAUAUAAUCACAUUUCUAUUCUCAUGUUCUAUUGGAACAUUUGAAAUACCCCUAAUUGCUCACUAUGCAGGUUAUAUUGAGUUGUUAUCAUUGAAGUGCUCUGUAGUACACAAACUAUGCAAUCUCAUGUUUAAGUUAUUGUAUGAUUUUCAAUGAUCAUUAUUUACAUUCCUUGUUUGUCCAUUUUAUCAUUAUUGUUGUCAUACUUGCAUUAUAUCAGUAUUUCCCCAGUCUCCUACACUUUUUCUUGAUUUCAAUUUUACAGAAGUUUUCUUUGUUUACAGUUGUGAUUUCAUUAAGUGAUGUCCCUUUCCCCUUCAUCCAAACUAUUUUAUUCAGUCCGUUGCAAGAAGGACCUGUGAAAAAAGGCACAUAAAAUGACUGUUAUGGAAUAUAUGUUAUUAAGAAAUAUAAGUAAUUUCUCUUAAAACAGUGUCAGAUUUAUUGUGUGUCAAAAUAACAAGAAUGCCGUGAUCUCCUUUUCUGUAUUUCAAGUUACUGAUAAAAAAAUGUACCAUUAAAAAAAUCUUCAGAAUGCAUCAAUGAAUUCCACUUAUAUUUUGUGUUAGUAUCCAUAUCUAUUCAUGUGCAAUUUAACACUGUUACAAUGUUUAUUACCUUCUAUUUGUUUCGUUGAUAUUUGUAUAUGGCCAAAUAGUUUUAUAUAUAUAAUAAACGGAUAACCUUA